ACUCAAGGUGUGCAUGUAGGCUCAGAUUUACUUUGGGGGCUAUUUCAUUCAUUUGAUUUUUAUUCGCUACCUUUUCUGCAUAAAUACUCAAUAACUUCAGCAGUGAUAUUACAUGUCAUUCACAAAGAAUAAGCCGGUGUUCAGUGUUGAUAUUCUCUUUAUUUUUUUCUGAAGGGGCUGUGUGUACAGAGGAGAUGUUAAGAGCUAUUUCAAUAAAAUGUCUUGUAUAGUGCUCUUGAAUUAUACUUAUUUCUUCCACGUCUUGAUAAAAAACAAAAAGUCAUGAGGGGGACUACUUUUUAUUUCUACCUUUUUCUUUCUUUCAUUUGAUAAUGAAUGUCAUUUCAAAAAUAUCUGAAGCGGUUAAUGUAGUAUUUUACAGUGUAUCACUGUUUGGUUUGACAGGGACACUUCAGUUAGUUCAAGUCGGUUCUUUAAUCUUGUCUCCAUUGUCAGAGAGAUUGAUGAUUAGAAUCAAUUCAGGACUUAUUGGUACUGUGUGGAAAGUGAUGCAAUAUAUAUUUGAACGUCGGAAAAAGGCACAUAUUACAUUUUCAGGAGAUCAUGUUCCUUUUGGCGAAAAUGCACUUGUUAUUAGUAACCAUGUUUCCUGGACAGAUAUUUACUUGCUUCAUUCUGUGGCAAACAGAAGAAAUAUGUUGAAGAAUUGUAAAUAUUUCGUCAAGGAUUCAAUUAAAUGGUUACCUUUCUUUGGCUGGGGUAUGUGGCUGGCAGGGUUUAUUUUUGUACGCCGUAAUUGGACGCAGGACCAAGAAAAGAUUAUCACAGCCUUUGACAAAAUUAAGAGACUAGAGACACCAGCCUGGAUAAUCAAUUACGUCGAGGGUUCUCGAGUGACAUCAAAGAAGCUACAAGAAUCUCAAGCAUUUUCGAGAGAGCGAGGAUACCCUGUACUACGUAAUCUGUUAUUACCAAGGAUAAAGGGAUUUGCUACAUGUGUCAAUGAAUUUAGAGGGUCUCAUAUAAAGUAUGUCUAUGAUUUUACAUUGGGAUAUCGUCACAAGAGCAAGCUUGGACAGAGUGCACCUUCGAUGGUGCGUGUACAUGCAAGAUCAUUAUGGCCAGAGUACGAGUUCCAUGUUCAUGUUAGACGGUUUGCCAUUGAAAAUAUUCCUAAAGAUGAAAUUGAAUUAGGACAUUGGUUAAGGCAAUUGUGGGUAGAAAAGGAUAAGUUCCUGUCAGGGUUACAUGAUAACUGGGCUGAUCAUAUUGAUAAACAAACCAUAUGGAAGGAGUCCUCCUGGUGAGGGCACUUGUUUAAUAAAUGGCAUAAUUUUUCUCUUCUUUAUUUUCUUUAUGAAUCAUCAUUUCAAAUCAAAUUUGAAUGCUUUGAUAAGAUCAAGGUUAAACCACAGUUAACGCAACGCCAAGGGCGGUUUUAUUUUUUCAAGGCCAACACUACAUGCACCAGA